UCAUGUUUUAGCAAUUGUGGAUGCACUUUGAUGUAUUUUAUGAAAAUCCAUAUAGUUUCGAAAGUGGUGUGAAGUAGUUUCGACCCAAGCGACCUAGAAUCUUUAAAAGAUACAUCAAUUUUCAUGAUUUGCCCCUUUAAAUAGAUCCUUUCAAUUGUUAUUUCAUGGCCCGCUAGAAUUGUUAAGAGCUUGCUUAGCUUUUUGGUUCACGUCGCUUUUGUAAUCAAACCUUGGUGUACACAGCCUUACACGGCUAGCCUCAGCCUAACGUCUCGGUUUCGAACUCAGGAAUAGCUUAUUGAAGUCUAACACCAAUUCGGACGUAAAUUGAUCGUUUUUUCAAGUUUCCAUGCUGGACGGUGGUGAUAACUCAAGGCAAAGUGAAAUAAAUCAACACAAGAUAGAUAAAAGCAGUACGUUUUGCAGGUCCUUCAGUCAUUGCCAGCAAGCUUCCGUCAACCUUGAAGAGAGAUAUAGAAGACGAAGGCAUAUUUACAGUGUGUCAUGAUUCUUUCGCCAAGUGGCUGCAGGCUGACGCGUACUGCCAGACACUGUCAGCUGAGGUGUAUCUAGUCAAGCGAUGUCAAGCAAAGGUCCCAGACCCGUUCCCCCUCCAUCCGGGCACAAGCCCCAAAAACCGGAAGUGGUGGUUGAGACGCCUAAUGGUGAACACGUUAUAAAAACCGGAAGCUCACAGAGAGAAAGCAAAAAUAAUAAUGAUGGAAAUGGCGCCAAACCACCGGUGUUCGUGACACAGGAGAGGCAGAGCGCACAAAGGUCAAGGUCUAGAGCAAAAAGCAGACAAAAGACCACUUCCAGCAAACUUGGUCGAGCUCCCACGCCUGUGCAAGGUCCUGCUCCGAACGUGACAAUCUACGACGACUCCGCCGAGUCUGCACACGAUAGUGAUUACGACACGGACCUCGAGGUCGAGGAGAAGCGAGAUCACUUCGACCCCACCGGCUGCAAGGCGUACCGGGAAGCAUGCCUCGAGUUGGGGAUCGUGCCGGUGUCUUUUAUCAUGGAGCACAUCACGACCAAGGCGGUGGAUAUCAAGCACCAUGGCCUGGGGCCGAGUGGGGCUAAGGCCAUUGUCACAGCACUCAUGAAUAAUACUACCAUCGCCAGUCUUAACAUCCGGGACUGUGGAAUCGGUUCUGAUGGAGGUGUCGAGGUUGCAAAGCUGCUGAAAGAGAACUGUUACAUCACAGAGCUUGACGUAGCCCAGAACAAACUGAAAACUUCUGGCGCAUGCGCAUUUGCCGAGGUCAUCCAGGACAACAAUGUUGUCACAAGCCUGAAUCUCGCAUGGAACGAGUUUAAUAAUCAUGAUGCUGCGCGUUUCGCAGAGGCCUUGAGGACAAAUCACACUUUAAAAAGACUGGAUCUCAGCAGAAAUAAAUUUGAGGAACAGGCGGGCAUCUAUCUAGGUCCAGCAAUAGACGCCAAUGACGGACUAGAAUACCUCAAUCUCAGCUGGAACCAUCUCCGCGGGCCUGGAGCCAUCGCGUUCGCCAAAGGCCUUCGCGCGAACUGCUCUCUUCAGGUACUGGACUUGUCUUGGAAUGGAUUCGCAGAUGAGGGCGCCCACGCAGUUGGAGAAUCCCUCAAAGAUAAUAACACUCUACUUGAGCUGGACUUGAGCUAUAACAGGAUAACUUGCAAGGGAGCUCUCGCCUUGGCGGAAGGACUGAAGAUAAAUAACACACUGAAAGUACUCAAAAUCGGCAUGAACAUGAUUCAAAACAAAGGAGCAAAUGCUCUGCUGGACGCGAUGAGAAACAACGCCGAGUGCGCGAUGGAAAAGGUCUAUCUGAACAACGUCGUCAUCGACGUGGAGACAAACCAUCUUAUAGAACAGAUUCUUGAAACGAGACCAAACUUUGUGGUCGCUUGCACCAAGAGUAAGAGAUCAGGCGACGUGAUGAACCAGCUUAACGCCAUGUUCAGCGGUGACACAAAGAAGAAAAAGAUCCUUGAGUUGAUCAACAUGCUAAAGGAGUACGUGGAGAGGAUGAAUUACCGGUUGGUGGACCUGUUUAACCAGUUUGACAAGGACAAUAGCUUGUCUGUGACGAGAGACGAGUUUUAUACGGGUUUGAAGGGGAUUGGUGUCCCAAUGUCGGACAAGGAUUUGACCAUGCUUAUUGACCUGUUGGAUGAAGAUGGGGAUGGGGAGAUUGAUUUCAGCGAGUUCACGUGGAUCAGAGAAGCCGAGGAAGAAGGAAUUGAGCUUUAAAUAUGACAGCGGCAGUGACGCUCGCAGUCAAGGAAUAACAAAUAUUUUUCUUAUUCUUAUUUUUUUAUUUUAUAUUUAUUCUUUUUUUUUCUAUUCUUAUUCUUAUCGUUUUCAUAGAUUGCGCCACCCCAAGCCCGUAGCCAGGAUUUUGAUCGGGGGAUGGGGGGGGGGGGGGUGGUGUCGUUUACCCAUUUAGCGGACCAUUUUCUCUUAGGUAGCUCGUCCUAGCUCGCAGGAAGUACUUAAUUUUCCUUCAUAAGAGCGGACAUCCCAGUCGAGUGGGGGUUCUUCCGAACCCCCCCUGGCCACGGGUCUGCACCCUGCUAACUACAGACUCUUGUUCUGAAGCUUUAAAACAAAAAUCGGGAUUCAUUUAUUUUGAGUCCGCGAAUGAAAACGAUCCCUGGGCUAUAGAUUAUGGGGCUUUCCGGAAAGAAAGAGAAGGAAGAAGGAGCAGGGUACUGUACAUAAUUCAGAACUCACUUUAGGACCUUUCUUGAAUUAACAGUGACCUGAUACAAGGAAGCAUUUUUGUUUCUUCGCUUAUCACUAAACGCGCCACCACUCAAAGGCGUGGCCUGUUCAGAAGGGACCAGGUGGCCCUCAGGCCAGAAAUUACCAACUCAACUAAUAUAAACUAUUGCCAAACCCCUUUUUACGACUAUUGUUCCGCCUUGAGAUUUCCUACUCAUUGUUUUGUAUGGUCUAAGUUUGGCUCGCAUUAAUCGUGGGAUUCACUUAGAACAACGCCCAAAACCCUCAUUCGUGAGUUUAUUUCGGGUGUUACACGCUGACCACCUACGAGGCUCGCUCCUCCAGGACUCGGUCCUACAUGAAUUAUCAACUGAAACAUGAAAUACAAAUCAGAAUUCCCCAAGGGGUAUGUCAACUCAUAAGUUAUGCCUUAUUACACACUACGGGUACAAUUAACAACAAAUAAACAAAUGAACAAAGGAACAAAUAAAGUAAUAUGGAAACAAAAAAAAUGGUCAGUAAUUCUUUAAAUUUGCGGUUCGAAGAUCGAACAAGUUUUUACCGAACUAAUACAAUGUUAGUGUGAUUUGUGCAAACGCGAUGCUGUAAGUUCCUGUAAGUUCCCGCUUUCCGCUCUCAUAGGCGCAGUCAUAAGCGCUCCCAUUAGUGCCAUUAGCGGAACAAAAAUGUUUAGAUUUUCGAGUAUAACUUUUCUAAGCCCAGGGUAGCCCAGCUAAAUUUCUCCACAACAUUAACUGACCUGACAGGAUCGCGAGUCACGAAGGCCGCAGCCAAGCUACCGAAUAAAACCCUUGUUUUAAAAGAAGUGUUGAUAGAUAUACGUAUCCUAUUGCGACAUUUGGAUACCUAAAAUGCUUACGUGAUUAGAUUUUACAAGAAACGAUCAAACAACGCAAUUGAGCAAGAGUGUAUAUCGUCACUGUAAACGGUCCUAUUGAGUGAUGGCGGAAGCGCGGCGAACUACCUACAUGACUUCCGAUUAAAAUUUUAAUUAAUUUAUUUUAGUGGAAGUAGCUAAUCCAUAACGUAUAUAUAAUUGUCUCUUAGAAUCUGUGUUCAUAGUUUUGGGAGAUUGCGAAUUUUCGAAGUAGUGGCUCGUUUUAAUAUCGCCCAUGAGCGCAAAGAAAUGGCUACCGCGGAGGCUGAAGCCAAACACUUUGAGAUUUUACAAGGUCUCUGUCGUGUUUGCGGAAAACGGUUAAAGAAGGAAAAAAGCCUCUAUGCCCAAAGCUUUGCCUGCGGCAGUUUUAAAACAUUGCUCGCAAAUUUGGCAAAUUUGGCAUCAAUGUCGAGAAGGAUGUGUCGUCUCGCUACAACAGACAAGGCUCCCAUAAUCUGGGAAAUUCACCAGGAAGAGGACUGCCCAACGUGCGCCUUAGAAGAGCAAAUUCAAAAAGGUGGUAGGCCGAAAAAACCAAAGCGAGGCGGUGCGAGAGGGUUUAAAAGCACAACUAAUCGCGCGCGUCACCGAGCUUAGUGCGUCUAUGAACAUACCAAGGGACCACCGAUUCACCGAGCGCUUUGACUUUUUCGAAACGAAAAAAGAAGAGUUUCAUUGCGCUAUUUGCUAGACGCCCUCGAAAAGCCUCUGUCAUCAAAGUGCCAGCACAGUUGCUGCUCGGACUGCUGGGAAUCUGCGUUCGAGUUGGGGGAAAAACAUCCAGCAUGCCCAAUAUGUCAAGAGACGCUGGCGGACCCUAAUGACCUCCAGCGCGCACCGCUUGUGGUAAGAGUCGUCACUAAGCUAAAAAAGGCUUUGUAGAAUUUAUGUUUUUUUUUUGCAGCUGGUUUUCUAAUUGGGGCAUUCAGAUGGAUAGUGAGAAAAAGCAGCGUGCACAGAAGAAGGAACAAGUGGGAGACGACUUGGCUGAUGAAGACUUCUUAAUGGAGCACUCAAGGAGAGAGGGGAGAAAAUAUGUCACUGUCAUCAAACAGACACCGUGUGCGUAUGUGGAUGAUCUAAAGGGACACAUCAUAAAAUACAUUGAUGACAAUAACAGGUGGGUGUAAUAAAAAGGAGGGUCCGUCAACCCCCUUCAACUGUGUGAUCAUGCAUAGACUUAUCCAUUGGUAUUCUGUUUUAGAGCUUGCCUUCUAACAUGGCACGGUGGCAACAUACCAGAAAACUCUGUCUUUUUGAAGCUAGGGGGUGACCAUGGGCAAGGCAAUAUGAAAUUCGCCUUUCAAUUAGCCAAUGUGGAUAAGCCAAACUCUAGCAAAAAGACAGUAGUUUUUCUGUGUGUUCGAGGCAAAGGAUACCAGGAACAACCUGAGAGCAGCAACACAAAGAUACAAAGAACAGCUUUGAGACUUGGGUAUCAUUGCAAUGGCGGUUAGAUAAUUUGUAGUGAUAACUGUAGUAAUUUCAUAAUAACCAUAACUCAUUACUGUUUGCUUGUUUUACAGUGACAAAAAGAUCAAGUUGUUUCUCUUUGGUGACUUUGAGGUUCUCUGCAAGUUCCUAGGAAUAUCUGGUGCAAGUGGGAGACAUCCUUGCCUAUGGUGUGAAAUUGCCGCCGCCGAUAUGAAGCUCCCCCCAGAGGAACGCCCACCUGCACCCAAAAGGACCCUAGAGUCCUUGAGACCUGAAUGAGUGUGAGGAUCUUGAUAUUAAAAUUGCAACUAAUGCUGAUACUCAGGCUCCUGAUGCUCGGGUUAGUAGCGGCUCUGAAUUUGUUAAGUAUGUACAGCAACUGAGGGAGAUAAAAAAAAACUUGAGGAGGAAGCUGAACGUCUCCAUCAAGAAGCCCAGCAGUUCCAGGAUUUCCUGACGUAACAGCUGUCUGUUCUCGGUCUGGAUGAGAAUGCCCCACAUUUACAAAUGGUUGUCCGGCAAGCCCAGGAGAACAUAAAGAAUGCAGAGGAGAAGGAGGAAAUGGCAGAAGAGCUGCGGUCAGAAGCUAGCUACCGCUGGGACAUGGGAAAGAUCUUCCAAGCCCUGGAGAAACAGCUUCAGGACCUUAAAAUCAAGCGGCAACCCUACCCAUGGAGCUUGCUUUGUAGGGAACCAUGUAAACAUUGCACUGAAG